UUAUUUUUCCCCUCCUCUGUUUUCUCUGCAACCCCUGCGCUUAAGAUGACUUGAAAUUCUCCUUUCGUUGCCACUCAGCUAAAGAGGUGGGAUUGUUCCAGCGCCAGCAAGUUCUUAGAACCUGCAUUUCACCUCUUUUAUUUAUGCAUUCACUUUGUUUAUUUUGACUGGGUUAUACCUGAUCUCUCCUUCUCCUACUGUAAAAGAGAGAGAGCGAGAGGGAGCGAUCGGAAAGUUAUUUUUUUUUUUUUCCCUGAGCGCUUUGAUCCUCUCCUGGGAAGAACAAAAGGCGCUGCCUGAAUUAAAGAGAUAAUGAUAGAAGUUGACAUGAGCAUUUCAAGGUGAUUUCGAGCUAGUCAGGUGGAAGGAAGGGGGGGAAAGCGGCAAAACUUUUGGGUGGCUUUUUCUUCCCCCCCCCCCCCCCCAAUUCGCUUUAAGGAAUAUUGAGGGGUGAAUUAAAAAAAAUAUAUAUAGGAAAAAGGAAAAAAUCGGGGUGGGAAACGGGAAGAAAAAAAGGAGGUGAAGCUGCACAAGCUGGGUUGGGGGAAGGCAGAGCAAGGUCGGGGCUGGGGGGAGACAAAAAUCCGCGCAAAAUCCGCGCAAAGCCCGCGCGCCCCUUGCGCGGGGAUGCGCACCUUGUUUUUUGGGGGGGUUUCGCCGCUUUUCCUCCUUUCUCCGCGCCCUGCACCCUACGCCUUUAAGAGCCUUUUCUCGCUCGCUCCCCCACGAAAAGCAAAUGGUGCUGGGCAAGGCAUGUAAGCGCACGAUCGGCUCUAAUUACCCCGCGGAGCUAAUUGGGCUCGGGGAAGCCCUAGCGCGGGGAGGCUCCGCGGGCUGAGCCGGGGGGGGGCUCCCAAACGCCCCCCCUUUAAAAAAAAAAAACCAACAAAACCCCAAUCAUCCCCGUGCUGUUAAUGAAUUUUUUAAUUAAUCCGUGCUCCCCCCCCGCCGCCCUCCGCGGGCGCGGGAUGCGCGGUCCCCCCUGUCCGGCGGUGCAGAGGUGAGGGUGUUGAAGGCAGCAGCCUCUCCAACUAUUUCAGGUCCCUGGCCAUUGGCCACCAGUACUCCUCCCUGGGGACUCAGCCCAUCCUGUGUGGGAGCAUCCCGGGCCUGGUGCCCAAGCAGCUGCGCUUCUGUCGGAACUACGUGGAGAUCAUGCCCAGCGUGGCAGAAGGGGUGAAGAUUGGCAUCCAGGAAUGCCAGCACCAGUUUCGAGGGAGAAGGUGGAACUGCACCACUGUCAACGACAGCUUGGCCAUCUUUGGGCCCGUGCUGGAUAAAGCCACCAGGGAGUCGGCCUUCGUCCACGCCAUCGCCUCCGCCGGGGUGGCUUUCGCUGUCACCAGGUCCUGUGCCGAGGGCUCGGCCACCAUCUGCGGGUGUGACACGCGCCACAAGGGCUCUCCUGGCGAGGGCUGGAAGUGGGGAGGCUGCAGUGAGGACGUGGAGUUCGGGAGCAUGGUGUCCCGGGAGUUCGCGGACGCGCGGGAGAACCGGCCCGACGCCCGCUCGGCCAUGAACAGGCACAACAACGAAGCUGGAAGGACAUCCAUCAUCGAGCUCAUGCACCUCAAGUGCAAGUGCCACGGGCUCUCGGGCAGCUGUGAAGUGAAGACCUGCUGGUGGUCCCAGCCAGACUUCAGGGUCAUCGGCGACUACCUCAAGGACAAGUACGACAGCGCGUCCGAAAUGGUGGUGGAAAAACACCGGGAAUCCCGCGGCUGGGUGGAGACCCUCCGGCCCAAAUACAACUUCUUCAAGGCCCCCACUGAGAAGGACCUGGUUUACUACGAGAACUCACCAAACUUUUGCGAGCCCAACCCUGAGACAGGCUCCUUUGGGACUCGUGACAGGAUCUGCAACGUCACUUCCCACGGGAUUGACGGUUGUGACCUUUUGUGCUGCGGCCGCGGGCACAACACGAGGACUGAGAAAAGGAAAGAGAAGUGUCACUGUAUCUUCCACUGGUGCUGCUACGUCCGCUGCCAGGAGUGCAUACGAGUCUACGACGUCCACACGUGCAAAUAAAUCAGGCGUAAAACCCCUUGGCCGGGCUCCGAGUGGAGAAACGGAUUUUGAGCCUACUUCCUCUGAGGUUGGCAGACGUGAGAGAAGUCGACUUUUUUUUUGAUAUUAAAAAGAAUAAAAAACUGGACAAAAAAAUUUAAAAAUAAAAAGGCUAAAACUGGUUGGAUAGAAUAGGUCUAAUGACUUCUGGGCUGUCCCGAGGUGCAUCUGGCAGUCACACAAGUUCUGCCCCGACGCCGAUGCCUCCGGAAGGAGAGCGGCUUUUUCCACCAGCCCACAACACCGAGCUGGAAAGAAGAGCAAUAGCAAAAGCAUGGAUUUGCUCUGCUCCCACCCACCUGAAGUGACUGGUGUGAUUAAGUGUCCUUUGAAAGACUUGCAUCUUCCUAAGCAUCUCCUUUUCCCUCAGCCAGGCAGAGGCUGUGCUGAACAGCAGCACGGAGCUUUCUGAGAGAUCUCUCUGCAAACCCGAAUGGCCAGACUGUGUAAUUUGAGCAACAGCAGCAAAAGAAAUAAAAGCAGAUAAAUUAAGGAUUUUUCAAAUAAAGAGCAUGACUACUUUGAUUUUGCCUUGGAACCAGAGAAGUCUACAAAUAUUUAGCAGAGCUGGAGAGUGGGCAAGCUCUUGAUGUGAAAUUUUUAGCGUAGUAGCUUCUGCCAGAUUGGACAUAGGAUCCUGCGACAUCUGUAGAAAGGGAAGGAGGGAGAAGAGGAGGGAGAGAAAGAGAGAAAACUGCUGAUGACUUCCUGUAAAUGUCCUGUUGGCACACAGGUGAUGUGCACAGUACAGAAAAGUUCAGUGUCCUGUGUGUGAAGUGGACUCUGUGUGCAUUGAGAAGGACACAGUCCCACAACUGGGAAUGCUGCUCCAGCUCUCCAGCCUGGGACGUGGCUCAGCCAGGGAGUCUUCCUUGGAAACAUGUGGUGCAGUGAGUCUCUGGGGCUGGGCACUCACUCCUGAGCGCAGGACAUCCAUCUCCUCAGCACCCCAGGGAAAGGAUGGCAAGGGAAAGUGUUCACCCCUCCCACCUGGUUGGGGAGGUCUGUCGCCUGCAGUGGAAAGUGCACUUAGUUCUUCCACUCUCUGCACCUGAUGCAGGCUUCCCAGGCACUUGGCAGCAGCCUGAGCCCACAGGUCUGUUGGGAACACGGAUCUGAAGGACUCAUUGUCACCCAUUACCUGACACGAGGGUGAAGCAACCCACCGCCACCACCACACCCCACAAGCUGGAGCAGUCUCAGGCUCAAGCCAAACCUUGUUCCACAGCUAAUUCCUACAGCCAUGCCCACCUAUAGAAGUGGCACAGAUUAAAAUGGACAAAACCCAGAGUCUGAACCAGCCCAGAGUUUGGGUAGGUUUGGACACAGAGCCAAAUCCCAGCUUUGCAGUGCUGGCCCAUCUCUGCUGCUCACCCCUGACUGCCCAUCUUUCCAUGUUGCUCUGCUUCCAAUUCCAGAUCAGGAUCACAGUUCACAGAGCCAGGUCUCACCUCCUCCAUGGGCUCAGCCCAGCACCUCUGUACUCACAGCUCUGUAACCCUGCUUGGGUUAUUCCUGGUCAAUGCUGGGCUAAACCAGGGGUGAACCAAGCACAGUCACAGCCUCUUUUAGCCCCAGAUGCACUUGCCCUGUGUCCUCUUUGCCUCACCCCUGCUUUUGGGUUCCUCUCCUGGAAAAAGGACAAUGGAUGGGUGUUUAUUCUGUCUCUUCAGCAGAGGAAGGGAAACAGGGCAUGAGUUAAUUCCCCUUUCAUGGCAGUGUAAUCAUGGCCGUUGGCUGGAUCACUCCUGGAAAUCUUUGUGGAGAAAUCAGAGUGCUCCUCUCUGUGUGUCAGCCUUUUCCCAGGAACCAAAGGAGGGAGUAUGCAGAAGAAGAAGGGAACAAACAGAGCUUAAUCUCUUCAGAGAGAAAACAGGAGGAAAUGAUGCCUCCAAGGGCUGGCUCUGAGUCACAGCGUCUCCUGGGACUACUCCUAGGCUGGUGCAGUUUAUGCAUCACCCAUUUGUCUCAGGGCUGUGCCCACGGGCACAAGCAAGAUUUGCUUAUUGAUGGAGGCACUUUUAUCAGUGCUUUGCAAAAAAAAAAACAAAAAAAACCUGCAGUGAAAUGAGAGCAGGAGAGAGAGAAAGAGAGAGGAGAUCAAGAGAAGCAAAGAAAAAUAUGGGGAGAAAAUCAAUCUGUGGCACCUGUCCAUGUAAACACUGCACCCCAUCAAUGGCCACACACCACGUGGAGAAGGCAAGAGGUCACUGAAAACUUAAAUGAAGAUCAAUUAAUGGAUGCAUGACUAAUUUACAUAGUGCGGUCUUGGAGAAAAGGAAAACUCAGUCAUGGGAAACAGAGAAGGAAGCCACUGCAGGGGGAGAUUGCACCUAUAACCAACAUUCAAACACAACCUGUCAAGAAAGCAAAUGCUCCAGAAAGCCACAUCAGGGGUGGAAGACAUUGAUGAAUUGGAGAGGAUGGGAUAAGGGAAGAUACAUCUGAUUUACUUAAUAUGAUGCAGUGCAAGCAGCCACAGUGAGAGAUGUCAGACACGUCCUACCAGGAACUUCUGUCAAUAAAUGGUGACACAACAGUGAAAAUUCAAAUCACUGCAGGCCACAGUCCCUUCAAUCCAUUGACUUCAGUGGGGUCACACCCACAACUGGUUCUACCCUAAGAUUGUUAAGCCAAGUGGUUUCAAACUCCUUCUCUUAUGCCACACCAGUGAAGAAAUGGGCUGGAGGAUUUGGCUUCCACGAGUGGGAGCUGGAAUCUGCCCCCAGCCCAUCCACAGCAAGUUCACAUCCACCGUUUCUGCUUUUGCACCAGAACAAGCCCAGCAUCACCAGCAGGUGAAACUUUUUGGGAAUCAGGGGGGAAAAAAAUUUUGAAACUGGGCAUUUGCUGAGCAAUUGCCUCUAGAGGUGAAAAAAUUUUGACUGCAAGAGUGGAAUUUAUUUCAUCCGGUCUAAGCUAUUUAUCUUAAUUUUCUGCUGGGAUCAAUGGCAAGAAACUAAUGCAGAAGGUGAUUCAUUGUACUUAGGAUGGUACCUAAGUCAUGUUUGGUUAAGGGCCCUCUGGGUGUAUCUCUGACUUCAGCUGCUGAGCUCAGAGCAGACGGUGAGCUCUUCCACGGGUCCAGACUGAUGAUGUGAAAUCCACCAUGAGUCAAGGAGGUGAAGCUACAACCUGAUCAUCAUCUGAGAUGGGCUGGAAGCUGUGCUCCUUCCCUCCAAGCUGGGGUCAGGCUUGAACCAGCUCAGUGGCUGGAGACUCCUCCCCCCCCAUUCAAGGGGAUUUUAACGAAGCCUGUGGGUGCUUGUUUGGGUUUGUGAUGUAAUUAAUCAUCUCUGUGAUGAUCCAAUGUAAGGGGCUGAGCAGCUGCUACUAAAGUCAAUGAAAAAUG